AUUGAAGCCCAGCACAAGGCGAUGGAGGGCGCUGCUCACAAGCUAAGCUACUUCAAGCAAUGACGCCAACCUAUAAAAUCCGCAGAGAACGUAAGAUCUUUCUGCCUUGAACGCUGACAUAUCGAUACCAACCAAGAGCAUGAGCGUCGAACCUUUCAAUCGGCUGGUGAAACUCGCCGCUCGAGCUUUUUACGAUGAUGUAACUACGAAAGGGGAAAAUCAACCCAAAAUGGGGAGGAGCGAUAACAGAGGGAUUGCCGUUGUGGUGCUUGACGCUCUCACUAGACGGCAAUGGGUUAGGGAAGAAGAUUUGGCAAAGGAUUUGAAAUUGCACUCAAAGCAACUUCGGCGGACCCUGCAGUUAUUCGAGGAAGAAAAACUAAUUACACGAGAUAAUAGGAAAGAGACAGCUAAAGGAGCAAAGAUAUAUAGUGCUGCCAUAGCUGCCACUGCUGAAGGUCAACAGAGCAGAAAAGAGGGGGAUGAGAAGAUAAAACUACACACUCAUUCUUACUGUUCUCUAGAUUAUGCACAGAUAUAUGAUGUUGUUAGGUACAGACUGCACCGCCUGAGGAAAAAGUUAAAGGAUGAACUGGAAAACAGGAAUACUGUUCAAGAGUACAUAUGCCCUGACUGUGGGAGAAAGUACAAUGCGUUGGAUGCACUGCGAUUGGUUUCUCCAGAUGAUGAAUGCUUCCACUGUGAGAGUUGCAAUGGGGAACUUGUUGCAGAGAGUGAUAAAUUGGCUGCUCAGGAAGGAGGAGAUGCAGAUGACAAUGCAAGGAGGCGUCGGCAUGAAAAAUUAAAGGAUGUGCUUCAAAAAAUGGAGGUACAACUUAAGCCAUUAAUGGAUCAAAUUAGCAGAGUGAAGGACUUGCCUAUUCCUGAAUUUGGAACGCUUCAAGCAUGGGAAGCUCGAGCAAGUGCUGCUGGGCGUGCAGCAAAUGAUGGUUGUUCUAGUUCCAAUGAUCCCUCCAAAUCUUCCCAGGGGCUAGGUUAUGGUGGAACACUGAUGCCAUUUUUUGGAGAGACAAAGGUUGAAGUUGCCUUUUCUGGUGUUGAUAGCAAGGAAGAGGAUCUCAAACCUGAAACUGCAAGUUCGGGUCUGAAAGUUUUGCCACCGUGGAUGAUCAAGCAGGGCAUGAACCUUACAAAGGAACAACGCGGAAAGGUCAAGCAGGAGUCUAAGAUGGAUGGCAGUUCAGCUGCAGAAUCAAAAUUCUCAGAUGACAAAAAGUCCAUCAAUGAUAAUGAUAAUAAUGAAAGUUUACAGGAUGAGUAUGUUAAAGCUUAUUAUGCUGCUCUGCUUAAGAAGCAACAAGAAAUAGAAGCAGCUAAGAAGCAAGAGUCUUCACGUGCAUCCAUCUCAAAUGGUGUUUCUGAAUCAUUUUCUAAUCGUCAAGUGGGCAUGAAGUCCAAACGUGAGGAGGAUGAAAGGGAAGAUGAUUUUGAAUGGGAAGAGGCCCCAACUGGAGGCAAUACAGAUGAUGAUUAUAAGGUCAAUGACUUGAAAGUUGAAACAGAAGCAUCAGGAGAGGAUGCGGAAGAUAUAGAUUGGGAAGAAGGUUGAGUGCCAAAAUAGUUAAACGAUACAAUUCAUGGGAACAAUGUGUAAAAAUUCCAAAUGAAAGGCAACAAAAUUUGAUCUAAAUAAAUUUUCCUAUUAUAGA